UGCACAAGGUUUCCUAGCAUUUUAAAUGAGGUUCUUUUUAUGUCAAAGGUUCUCUUUUUAAUCAUAUAAAAUAUCAGGUAUAAAAUACGCUACGGACUAUUUAAAUAAAGCGUUAAAAGGUUCAUACAUAAUUAAGUCAGUGCGUCUUUAAAAUUAUCACUGCAUUAGUAAUGUAAGUUCCUUAUUAACAUUACAAAUAGUUACUUUCAGCUACACUAUUAAUAAAAAUACAACAAAUGUAUGCAGAGAGCUCUACAAGGAAGUCAUCAACAUGAAAUACGUGCAGAAUAAUCGAUAUCCAAAUCUAAUUGCACAAUAAGUGGUAAGAAAAAUUCACUUUAAACUCCGAAAAUAUGUAAAAUGCUCAACGUAACGUAUUGCUAAUUUACGAUCAUCGCUCGCGCUGCAUACUAUGCACAAAUAAUGCUGCCAUACACGUUACGGUUGCCACUAGUUCAAAAACAUGUUGCACUUUGUAUGGUAUCAAAAUGUUCAAAACGGACCUCUCGCAAUCAAUAAGAGACACAUGCAAAUUUUAGGCAAAUCAUUACGUGAUGAAUCGUGACGUGUGUGGCAGCUAUAAAGAACAAUUGCAGUGUUUUAGAACAGCCUGUGUAUGCAGGCGGCGCGGCGCACGAGUCACCUAGAUGUCGUCGCGCCUAUUGUCCGUUGUCCGUCAACCGCCGACCGCCGGCCGCUGGGAACAAAUACGAAGAGGUAUAAAGCCGAAGACGAGCAACAAUGUGACGCAGUUUGAGUUUAGAGCGAGCCAACAUGUACACACCGGCAGUAUUGUUGUUGUGCGGGAUCGUGGGUAGCAGCACGGCUUACUACAUUCAAAGGGAUGUGCCGUACAACACCGGGCCUGCUGAUCCGUAUCCAUUAGGCAACAGUUACAACUUACCCCAAGAGCAAUCACAACGACUAUUCUGGGGUGGACAGGGAAGUAACCAAGUUGGUGGCACAGGACUUUGGGCGACACUGACUAACAAAUUCCCAUUCUUAGGGAACAUGUUCGGUCGCUUGGAACUACCGUCGGAAUACGGUCCACCAAAGUUUUAUACACCUAACCAGUUCAACAAUCAAGAUGCUUAUAGGGCGCAAGUAUAUCAAGAAAUUGGUCAGCAAGUACCCUUCGGAAGAGACGUGGCAAUCACUGAUGAUGCGGUUAUAGUGACUCCACCUCAAGUGCCGAUCGCAUCGCAGCCCGUACCUGCACCAGCGCCGGUGCCUCAGCCAGCCCCUGUUCCCCAGCCGCAACCAUUCCCAGGCUACAACUACGAAAAGCCACGCUACAGACUGGAACUACCACAAAAGUAUUAUUAAUAAUUAC